AUGGCCAUACCCAUCUUGAAGCUGAUCUGUACUGCAGCCCUCCAGGUCAUCGUUGCCGGCCACUGGCUUACAGAGAGACAUCGCUGCCUUCACAGACAGGCUGCAGGUAGGUCUCUCGCUCCUCUCCGCCUUCGCCGUGAAACCGGCUCAUUCUGCCCCAAGGUCCGCUCUCAGGGUGACGCUCUCAUCCAGCGAGCGACCACAUUGAAGGUCAAGGACCUCAAGGACCUGCCGAACGUUACCGAACUGCACAACGACAGGGAGCCGAGGCUCGCAUCCGUCGUCGGAGCUCGGCCGGAUGUCAUGCAACAAGCUUUGAGAUUUUGGUCUUGGUUCGAUGUCUUCGGAGAGGCAGCUGAAACGUCUGCAAAAACGAGGGCAGCUCAUCGCAGCCACUCGCGAUGGACAGCCACAGACAAGGCGAUUUUGGCCGGGCUGUCUUUGGUCGUCGUGCUGCUUGAUGCCCUUGCCAUCCAGCGCUUGUCCUUGAAGGGCCUCCGUGCACACCUUUGCGUGGUGGCCUUCUGGGUCUGCGUCGGACUAGGCUACAACGCCUUCGUCUUCGCUCGUCAUGGACCGGUGGCAGGUUUCGAAUGGUUCAAUGGAUAUGUUCUGGAGUGGCUUCUGUCGCUGGACAACCUCUUCGUGUUUCAUUUGAUCUUUCAGCUCUACAAAACACCUUCCCAGGUGGUGCACAAGGCACUCUUCCUGGGAAUUUUUGGAGCCGUGAUUUGCCGCCUGGGAUUCUUUGCCAUCGUCAGGGAGCUCUUGGAUUUUGUUAGCUGGCUGCGUAUCGUCUUCGGCAUCUUCUUGAUAUGGAGUGGUGUCCAAGCUGCAAAGGAAGAGGAGGAGGGCGAGGCGGUGAACACAACUCCGGUAAGGGCUCUCCGCUGGCUGUUGGGGAAUCGGCUGCUGGACCACUAUGGAAAGGAUGCGGGCAACCUGAUCGUGUGGAGCGACGGGAAGCUGGCCUUCACUUUGUUGCUGCCUGUGGUGUGCUGCCUGGAGAUAACCGACGUGGUUUUUGCACUCGACAGCGUCAGCGCCAAGGCGGCCCAGAUCCCCGACUACUGGAUCUCGGUGUCUUCCUCCAUCUUGGCGAUGUUUGCUUUGCGUGCUAUGUUCUUCGUCGUCCAGGAUUUCGUGGCCAUGUUCGAGCUGAUGAAAUACGGCUUGUGCUGCAUUUUGGUGUUUAUCGGCAUCGAGCUCAUCUGUUCGGACUACUUCGUGCUGCCGCCCCAGGUGGUGUGUGCAGUGAUUCUUUCCGUCUUCAUCGUCUCAAUCUUUGGCUCCGCGGCCCUCGUAAAUCAUGGUUCAACACACAAGCAGCAGGCGGAUCCGUGUUGUGAGCCAGUUGGCCCGGUCGGCGGUCUGAAGUCUUCCCAAUGA